UCGACCGAGACGGUUGUCCACGAAACGCGAGGACAGGCGACGCGACGCGGCAUUUUCGAGUAUCGUUCGCGGACGUUCGCAUCAACGAGGCGAGAGCAAACCAUCCAAACGGGAGACGAGGGUUGGAAGCAAUUAUGGAUCCAACCACCGACCGCGACGCCGAUGGUUCGGCGCAAAGAUCUUUCGAGCCGAUCGAUUGCGCGGUGUUUGCCGGAAUGCUGGGAAUUUCUGCCAUCGUCGGAGUCUAUCAAGCGUACAAAUCCAGGAAAACCACCGAUGCGGUUCGGGAGUAUUUAAUGGGCGGGCAAAAGAUGGACAUCUUUCCCAUAAGCAUGUCUCUGAUAGCCAGCUACAUAUCGGGAAUAGCGAUUCUCGGGCUACCAGCUGAGAUGUACGUCUACGGGACGCAAUUCUGGUGCGUCAUCAUUUCCGAUUCGUUCGUCUCUCUGACGAUGGCCGUCGUUUAUUUACCCGUCUUCUACGACCUCGGAAUAACUUCUUCUUACGAGUACUUGAAUCUGAGGUUCAACAACGUCGUUCGACUGACGGGCACGGUAAUAUUUCUGAUCAAAAUGCUACUCUACAUCCCGCUGGUGAUAUACGUGCCCGCGCUGGCGUUCAAUCAAGUGACGGGAAUGAACCUCCACGCAACCGCUCUGAUGGUGUGCGCCGUCUGCAUAUUCUACACUACUUUGGGCGGGCUGAAGGCGGUCGUGUGGACGGACGCUAUUCAAACGGUCGUCAUGUUCGGAGGAGUGGUGGUCGUCGCGGUUCUCGGUACCUUGCGAGUAGGCGGAAUCGAACGAGUUUGGGAAAGAAAUCGCGACACCGGCAGAAUCGAAUUCUUCGAGAUGAACCCGGACCCGACGGUGCGACACACCUUUUGGACCGUAGUCGUUGGCGGCUACUUGAAUUGGUUGGCGUCCUGCUCGGUGAAUCAGGCGAUGGUGCAGCGAUGUCUCUCGAUGCCCAACUUGAAGAAGGCCAACGCAACUAUCGCGAUAAUGGCGAUCGGAAUUAUAACUAUCGUUUCGUUGAGCUGUUAUACCGGUCUCGUCAUUUUUGCGGCGUUUCACGACUGCGAUCCCGUCACGACCAAGCAACUGAGGAAAGCGGACCAACUGCUACCGUAUUUCGUGAUGGAGAUGGCCGGUUCGAUCCCCGGAUUACCCGGACUCUUCGUCGCGGGCGUGUUCAGCGCCGCCCUCAGCACCAUGUCCACUGGAUUGAACUCUAUGUCUGGAGUGAUAUACGGGGACAUGAUAAAGCCAUGGCUGCGCGGUCCAGUCUCAGAAGCGACGGCCAGCCGAACGAUCAAGGCGAUCGUAGUCGCGAUUGGAGCGGUCUGCGUGGCUCUUGUUUUCCUCGUGGAGAAACUUACCGGACUGAUCCAGGCCGGUAAGAGUUUGUCGGGGAUAACAGCGGGACCCUUGCUCGGAAUGUUCACCCUCGGAAUGUUCUUUCCCUUUGCAAAUUCAACGGGAGCGCUGGUCGGCGGGCUGGUCAGUCUGAAUCUCGUCGCCUGGAUCUCGUUCGGUACUCAGGCAGCCAUCUCUACCGGAAAGAUCAAUUUCCCUGUGAAACCAGUGUCCGUCGACGGAUGCCCGGACGCGCUCAAGACGAGAAUCGGCAAUCUCACGCUCGUCAUCGAAACCGUAACAAGAGAGGAGCCCUUCUUUCUUUACAGAGUGUCCUACCUCUGGUACACGUGGAUUGGAUUUCUAACCGCGAUUCUGCUCGGUCUACUCGUCUCUUGGAUUACCGGUGCAAACGUGCGUAAACCAGGAGACGAGAAAUUGUACACGCCGCUGAUACGUGGCUUUCUAAGCUCGGAUCUAGUCGCCACGAGUCGGCAGGAGACCGUCGAGCUCGCCAAGAUCGGAACGGUUCUCUCGAGCCCGUGACGAGCACGGACGCAACUCGUUCGAUCCGAAACGAACAGAUAUUUGCCCGAAACAGGUCUAGAUCUGCCUCGCGGCUCGUCCCGUUCCGUUCCGUUCCGUCGAGUAUCAAGAGGAUCGUUAUAGCCAAAGGAAAAGAGAGUCGCUACAACGCAUCCGAUAGAAAUAUCGAAACGAUAUAUGUACAUAUGUAUUUUUAAGUUGCAACCCUUACACGAACAACGAUCGCAAUCGUGUGUCGGUUCAAGUAACACGCGCGCGGGAUACCAACAAGAAGAAAAAAGAAAAGAAAAGAAAAGAAACGUAAUGUAAAGUGAAAGAAAAGAGAGCGUAAAGUUU